AUGGAGACGGCAAAGUACCCUUUUGCGCGCGCGGCUCCGAGCGUCGCUUCGGCGCAGCCCGUGGUAAAAAGGGACGGAGACAUCAAGCAACCUAAGGCGGGGACAACGCCCCUUAAAUUCCGCUCGUUCCAAGACUUUUACCUUACGCAGGGCAAGACGCACAAUCGUAACUUCCUGACAGCGAACAAGGGGGAGCGGAGUCCCUGGAAGUGUCAAAUAAGUCAUACCCCGAACAACGCCGUGACGUCGAUGGCAGACAACGAUGCGACUUUGCCGGGGAUGUACAAAACGUACAACGAGGAGGAGCUCAGCAAGGCGCUAAAGGGGCACGUAAAGCGACUCUGCGAUUACUUUCAAAAUGGAACACCCAACAAAAAUUACACCAACACCAUCAAGGCGAUGGUGGCGAAGACCAAGCCCAGACAACCAACGCAGUCAUCGCGGUCGGACUCGUCGUGCAGCACCGCGAACAGCGUGAAGCAGAACGACGGAGUUCCGACGCUGCCACUAGCCGAACGCUUAAGCGCGCCGGCGGUGGGAAUCAUCGAGCUCGCGCAGCACAUCGCAAGCAGGCGCCAGGAAGGCAAGCGGCCGACCACCAACCAGGAGGCCCUGGAGUUCCUCGAGAGCGAGGGGAUCGCGUACAACAAUGCCGUUAUGGUCAUGGGACACGACAGGAGCAGGGGAAGGUCGCGGCAGGUGUUCAACUGGAAGACCGCCAUGAAGGCCAUGUGCACCGGCACCGACGUCCCCGACACACCGGACAGUUCGAUCCUGGACAGAGACGAGGUGGUCAGGGUCGACCUUCCGUUGCCAUUGGAUCCGGAAAUGCGCGAAUUCCUACGGAAGCGUGGUUUUGUGAUCGGCGAGGACGGGAUGCCCAUCACCGCCGAUGACGAUGUCGUUGAGUGCAACGGCGUGCAGUUCUACGUGUUGCCGCACGAGGGGUCGGUGACGCGGCGGGAGUCGAGCGCAGACGCGCCAGUGUCGCAGCCCCGCGAAGUGUGGGCCGACCUGAAGACGGGAGCUGUGUUGCCCGAAGUAUCGCACGACCCGCACAAGUUCGAGAGCUACGACCUUCGCAUCACCAAGGAGACCACUGAGCCGGACGCCUCGCUGGGCACUGACGAGGAGGAGUUCGAGAGCGCGAGGCGGAAGACCGAGGAGGAUGCCUUCUUCGACAAAACGGACUACAACCUGGAAGACUUCACCAACCACAUGUUCGGGCACGCCGACCUGGAGAACAUCAACCAGGUCAUCAAGCACAUCCGGGAUAUCCUGCCGGAGGAAUGCGACGGCGAGAUCGUGGACGUAGCAGAGCUCUCCACGGACCGGAGGGAGAAGAACGCCGAGGGGUUCGGCUGGUUCCUGGACAAGGCGCAGGACUCGCAGGGUGACGAUCUAGACGAAGCCCUAGAGGAACUGGCGGAAUCGUUCGAAAGACGCCUUUCGAUAAGGCCGAGAAGCUGA